UGGUAAAUCUGACGUCAUUUCGACUAGUCAGAAUGUAAUUAGAGAUAUAUUAAAUCGCUAAAACGUCUAGUCAUAAAACAAUUUGAGAUAUCUGGAAUGUAAGGGCGGUACAACAGAAUUUAUGUUAAAACGGCUUGCCAUACCACCACAUGUUGUCUUCCUAAUGGAAACGGAAACUGUGACGCACGGGACAUUAACUCGUAGUUAAUUCUCACAUAUCGAGGGACAACUGAAUUUCCGCACUAAGAAUCAGUUCUUUCGACAAAAAUAUGUAUGCCUUUGUUGAUUAAUGUGACAGUGCCGCAGUAGUUCUCGUGAAUGAGACCGAUUGAGAGUUAUUUCGUUUUAGCCUAGCCUAGCUUAGCCUACCCUUGAUGCAUCAGUAUUAAAGGGAUGCUCACAACACGGAAGCUGUCUGGAGUUGUUACAGAAUGUUGCGUAUGUGACCACAUAUCAUCUCCUGCUCCUUUGUGUUUGUGCUAAACUGCUGCUGUUUGAAUAGGUUUUAUACAAAAUUGGAGCAGCGUUCAUAACAUGUUGAACAUCCCGAGCCAGUCGUUCCCUGCGCCCAGCUCCCAACAGAGGGUCUCCCCGUCCGCACAGUCCGGGAGGAACAAGGUGUCCCUGAAGCCGGGCCACAGUCUGAUGGACUGGAUCCGGUUUGCCAAAAGUGGAAAAGACUUGACAGGGCUGAGAGGGCGCCUUAUUGAAGUGACCCAGGAUGAGCUGCAGAAGCAUAACAAAAGGGAUGACUGCUGGACCUGCAUCCGAGGCAUGGUUUACAAUGUGACACCUUACAUGGACUACCAUCCUGGUGGAGAAGAGGAGCUGAUGAAGGCAGCAGGAAUAGAUGGGACUGACCUUUUUGACCAGGUCAAGUUUUUUUUUUGUUAUGGUGCACUUUUGGCCUGUAGUGCCCAGAGACCCCAAGAUCACCCUCUCCAGAACUUGGAUGGCAAGCCCCAGCCCAGAGGACCAAGUGAACUGGUCCAUCGAUGGGUCAAUCAUGAGUCCAUGUUAAAAGAGUGCCUGGUUGGACGAAUGACUACCAAGACCGCAACAGCUAGUAAAGCCAUCACCCUUCCUUCAUCAUCAACAGGUCUUACUCCACCUGCUGCAGGGCCUUCUCUACCAAACAAAGACUCUCAGCCUCGGUACGACUGGUUUCAAACUGAUGCAGCUGUUCAUCUGGCUGUUUAUGCCAAAAGAAAGAUCCCCAGCUCAGGAUGUGUGACCGUUGACCUCAAAGCGGGAAUUCUUCGGUUGGAAGUUCUCCUUGGGAAACUGUCCUACAUGAUACACUUAGAUCUUGCUCGUAAAGUUGAGGAAAACGUUUCUGUUCAUACUGCUUUCUCUGUGGGAAAGAUCCAGGUCACCAUAAACAAACAAACUAGAGGAAAAUGGACAAGUCUUGGUCAACCGCUGGAAUUUCAUAACACAUUUCUAUGCAAAAAAAAAAGAGGACCCUUCUAUCGGGACUGUAGACUGGUGUCUAAAAUGGAGGUGACUCAUAAUACACAUGUUUUCAGACUGCAGCUUCCUGGAGGGACAGUCAUGCAUAUGGCUGCUGGAAAACACGUCUACCUCAAAGCUAUCAUUGAAGGUACUGAGAUAGUGAGGCCAUACACUCCAGUGGAUCAGAAUCUGGUUUCAGCUUCCUCACCUUCGGCACAUGAGUCAGACCUCUACCUCAUGAUUAAAGUCUAUCCCGAUGGAGUUUUCACCCCAUAUCUGAACAGCCUGCAGAUGGGUAAAAAUAUCUCCGUCAGUGGUCCAGAGGGUACCUUCAGCCUCCGCCCACUUCGUGAUGUCACACACCUCUAUCUAUUAGCAGGAGGCACAGGAUUCACGCCAAUGGUUCGCCUCAUCAACCUGGCUCUACGAGAAGUUGACACAAUCAGAACAACAAAGCUGCUGUUUUUCAACAAACAGGAGAAAGACAUACUAUGGCGCUGCCAACUGGAUGAUCUGGCAGCUUUUGAUGAACGGUUUCAGGUGGAGUACAUUCUGUCUGAGCCCUCUGCCAGCUGGACCGGCAGGAAGGGUAGGGUGGAUGAGAUCCUGCUGAAUGAUCUUCUUGUCAGGCCAGAAGGGUCAAAAUGCUACGUUUGUGUGUGUGGGCCAUCUGCCUUCACAGAGCAAACACUAGGAUUGUUAAAGCAGCUUUGCUUCAGUGAGGAGGAAUGCCACGCCUUCAAGGGCUGAUGAGCCUGAAGAGACGGAGGACAAAAAGCCUACUUUUAUUUAAAGCUGUGUUUGUGAAACAAUAAAAAGAAAGCAUAUAUUUCUAUGCACCAAAGACACAUGUCUGCAGCCACCACUCUAUGCCUGGCCAGGAGAACCUGGACACUUCUCAGGGACGAAUUGAAGGUUCCUGGAACAUAUGAAGAAAAAAACAAUUCCUCCACACCUGCUGAUUUUUCACCAGAUCUUCAAGUUACUUUUUGUGUGUUUACUGUUAGAUUAUGGUUAGAUAUUUUUUUAUGUCAAGUUUAUUUUGAGAAAUACUAUUUUUAAUAAAAGUGAGUAUGCACCAGUGAGAAGCUGCUCAGUUUGUGCAUUAUAAUAAUAAAGUUACAAAACUUUGUUGAU